GCCAAGUCUUCUUCUCCCCUUUCCGUCUUCUCCGACGAAAACCCUAGUCCGGUUCGGAAGGGCAAGGGCAGUUAGGAGCCAUGGCGGCGGCGCCCUCCGAUGGUCACAGCCGCAGGAGCGGCGGAGGGCGGAUCCAUCGGCUGGAGGUGGAGAAUUUCAAGUCGUAUAAAGGAACGCAGACUAUCGGCCCCUUCUUCGACUUCACGGCUAUCAUCGGCCCUAACGGCGCCGGCAAGUCCAACCUCAUGGAUGCCAUCAGCUUCGUGCUCGGCGUUCGCUCCGCACACCUCCGUGGCGCCCAGCUCAAGGACCUCAUCUACGCCCUCGACGACCGUGACAAGGAGGCCAAGGGCCGCAGGGCCUCCGUCCGCCUCGUCUACAACCUCCCCAGCACCGGGGCCGAGCUCCAUUUCAGCCGCACCAUCACUGGUGCUGGCGGCAGCGAGUACCGAAUCGACGGCCGGGUCGUCACCUGGGACGACUACAACGCCAAGCUCAGAUCCCUUGGUAUCCUUGUCAAGGCUCGGAACUUCCUCGUCUUCCAGGGUGAUGUGGAGUCCAUUGCCUCCAAGAACCCCAAGGAGCUCACCGCACUUCUGGAGCAGAUCGCUGGCUCUGACGAGCUCAGGCGGGAGUAUGACGAGACGGAGGAUCUGAAAACCAGGGCCGAAGAGAAAUCUGCACUUGUCUAUCAAGAGAAAAGGACCAUCGUCAUGGAGAGGAAGCAGAAGAAGGCGCAAAAGGAAGAGGCAGAGAAGCAUCUACGGUUACAGCAGGACCUGAAAGUGUUGAAAACAGAGCAUCUCCUAUGGCAACUCUACACCAUUGAAAACGACAUGGAGAAAAUAGAAGCUGAGCUUGAGGAGGGCAGGCAGUCUCUUCAGCAAGUGCGGGAAGAGAAUCAGUCCUCUGACCACGAGCUUGCUGCAAAAAAGAAAGAGCAAAGUGCAUUUCUCAAGAAAAUGACCUUAUGCGAGAAAAGUAUGGCCAAGAAAAAGCUUGAUAUUGACAAGAAGCAACCUGAGCUUCUUAGAUUGAAAGAGCAAAUAUCUCGGCUGAAGUCCAAAAUGAAAAGCUGCAACAAAGAGAUUGACAAAAAGAAGGAUGAUAGCAAGAAACAUUUGGAAGAGAUGAAAAGGCUGCAUAGUGCUUUGGUUGAUGUCACAAGAGCUAUUGAGGAGUUGAAUGAGCAGGGCCAAGAUAAAAGCGUGAAACUGCAAUUAGCUGAUGAUCAAGUCCAGGAAUAUCAUAGAAUUAAGGAAGAUGCAGGAAUGAGGACAGCAAAGCUGAGAGACGAGAAAGAAGUAUUAGACAAAGAGCUGAAUGCUGAUGUUGAAGCCAAAAAAAAUUUGGAGGAGAAUAUGCAGCAGCUUCGUAGCCGCGUGGAUGAGAUAUCAUCACAAGAGAGUGAAUUGCACACCAGGCUUAAUAAGAUUCUUAACUCAAUCCCCAAGCAUGAAGAUGAGCUCACACGUUUACGUGAGGAACAUAACAAAAUUGCAAAGGAACGCCAGUCUUCAGGUGCUAAGUAUCAAACAUUGAAGCAGAGGGUUGAUGAGAUUGAUACACAAUUACGAGAACUCAAAGCUGACAAGCAUGAAGGUGAGCGGGAUGCUCGAUUCUCAGAAACUGUUAGGAGUCUUAAGCGGCUAUUCCCUGGAGUCCAUGGUCGCAUGACUGAACUUUGUAGGCCCGCACAGAAGAAAUACAACCUUGCUGUUACUGUUGCCAUGGGGAAAUUCAUGGACGCAGUAGUGGUGGAAGAUGAAAGCACAGGAAAGGAAUGCAUUAAGUAUUUGAAGGAACAACGUCUUCCUCCUCAGACAUUUAUUCCCUUGCAAUCAGUCCGGGUGAAGCCAAUAAUUGAGAAGUUGAGAACUCUUGGGGGAUCUGCACAGUUGAUCUUUGAUGUGAUUCAAUUUGAUCGAGCUUUGGAGAAAGCAGUUUUGUACGCUGUUGGGAAUACGCUUGUCUGUGAUAAACUUGAUGAAGCUAAAACUUUAAGUUGGAGCGGUGAAAGGUACAAGGUUGUCACUGUCGAUGGGAUUCUUCUGACAAAAUCUGGCACAAUGACUGGUGGAGUAAGUGGUGGAAUGGAAGCUAGAUCAAAUAAAUGGGAUGACAGCAGAAUAGAAUCUUUGAAGAAGAAGAAAAAUCAGCUAGAAUCUGAAAUGUCAGAACUUGGCUCCCCCAGGGAGUUGCAGAGAAAGGAGCUUGCUGUAUCUGAGAAAAUAACUGGACUCGAGAAAAAGUUACAUUACUCUAAUGUCGAACAGAAUAACCUCAAGGAGAAGCUACACAAAUUGGCAUCUGAGAAGCGUAAUAUCGAGAAUGAAAUUGAUCAUCUGGAGCCAGGAAAGGAGGAGUUGGAGAACCGUCUUGCUAAAAAUGACCGGGAAGUCAGAAAGCGGGAGAAAAAGAUAAAUGAGAUCGUGGACAGGAUUUACAAAGAUUUUAGCAUGUCAGUUGGGGUGAAAAACAUCCGUGAAUAUGAAGAAAGGCAACUGAAAGAUGCCCAAGCACUGCAGGAGAGGAAACUGAGCCUAAGUAAUCAAAUGUCAAAAUUGAAAUACCAGCUGGAAUAUGAGCAAAAGAGAGAUAUGCAUGCACCAAUUGCAAAGUUAAAGGAGUCACAUGAGUCCCUAGAGAAGGAGCUGAAGGGCUUACAGGAGAGAGAGUCUGGCGCUAAGGCUGAAGCAGAACAUAUUUUGAAUCAGAUGGAAGAACUGAAAGCUGAGGCUGAAGACUGGAAACUGAAGUCAGACGAAUGUGAGAAGGCUAUUGAUGAACUAAAGGAGCAGAAUGCUAGUGUUGCUGCUGCAUUGGCAAAGCUGGAUCGCCAAGUUAAACUAAUGGAGGGGCAACUUGCUCAACUUAGAGCACGCCGGCGGGAGAUUCAUGAGAAGUGUGAACUGGAGCAGCUGAAGCUUCCCACCGUUAGUGAUCCAAUGGAUACCGGAUCAUCCUCACAAGAACUGGUCCUUGAUUACAGCCAGCUCAGAGAAAUCUACAUGCAGGACAUGCGGUUAUCCGAACGUGACAAACUUGAGGCAGAUUUCAAACAAAAAAUAGGUACAUUAAUGGCUGAGAUUGAGCGCACUGCUCCAAACCUUAAAGCACUUGACCAAUAUGAAGCACUGCAAAGGAAGGAAAAGGAGGUUACCGAAAAGUUUGAGGCAGCUAGGAAAGAAGAGCGAGAGAUAGCUGAAAAGUAUAACUCCGUCAAGCAAAAAAGAUUCAGUAGCUGGUACAAGAGUUAUAUCAUAUACUCAGUGUUCUUAUUGCUUAGGUAUGAGCUGUUCAUGGAAGCCUUUGAUCACAUAUCUAAAGGCAUAGACAAAAUCUAUAAGCAGUUGACAAAAAGUCACACACAUCCACUUGGUGGAACAGCAUAUUUGAAUCUAGAAAAUGAAGACGAGCCAUUUCUGCAUGGAAUCAAGUACACAGCUAUGCCACCUACGAAGCGCUUUAGAGAUAUGGAACAAUUAUCUGGUGGGGAGAAGACUGUUGCAGCUCUGGCAUUGCUUUUUGCCAUCCACAGUUUCAGGCCAUCACCAUUCUUCAUAUUGGAUGAAGUGGAUGCAGCUCUGGAUAAUCUAAAUGUUGCCAAGGUUGCUGGGUUUAUCAGAUCAAAGUCAUGUGAAGGUGCUGGCGAAGAGCAAGAUGGUGAUGGAGGCUGUGGGUUUCAGAGUAUUGUAAUAUCGCUGAAGGACAGCUUCUACGACAAAGCGGAAGCACUGGUUGGUGUUUACAGGGACUCAGAAGGAAGUUGCUCCAGAACCCUCACCUUCGACCUGACGAAAUAUAAAGAAGCAUGAUGACAUGCGCUUUGGUUGGAGUCUUGCUACUUGUUUUAUUGCGUUGAUGACUGUCCUUAACAGGUCCCGAUUUUAACUUUGUGUACAUAAGUGAUUAGUGGAAUGUACUAGUUAAUGUAGAAAUGGAUCGACACUGCAGCAUGGAGUCUUCCUACUUGUUUUAUUGCGUUUUUUCAGUGUUGUUUGCGCAAUUAUCACCCAACAGGUUUUGCCAGGAGGAGUAGAUGUAUAAGACAAAAUGAAUGGGUAGCUUGAUGCUUUGUGGGAUGUUGAGCAGCACGAGAAGGGCAUAUCACCGUGAUUGGGAAGAAGCCACCACAUGCAUGCUAGUGGGAGUGGUGUUGUCAUAUCCCUGCUUCUAUCUGAAGAACUAACACCUGCGGAGGCUAUGAGUAUUCAGUUAUCGUGUGGGGGCAAGUUACUUUACUGUUCCCCUUUCUGUAGCUUUCACCCAGCAGUAACUACUGCGCCUAUAUAGUUGGCCGGCUGAGUGCCGUGUAAGUUUUUAUCGCAUUAUUCUCUGAAGUCAUUGAAACAAAUAUACAAUAUAUUCUAUAUAGAAAAGAGCUACGAUCUAGGGUUCGCCCCGAGAGGCGGAUCUCGCUCAAA